CUCUCCGCCGCCGCCGCCGCCGCCGCCGCCUUCGUAGCCACCUCCGCCUCCGCCACCGUCGCUUCUACCAUCGCGCUCCGCCAUCCCUUGACGAGUCGGGCCACCCUCCGGAUCCAGCGGAAUGUACUUAAACGAGAGGAAGGUGCACGCGUCGAUUGGUUGGGCGCAACCGGGUCGAUGGCGAGAGGGGCGCCGGGUCGUUCUCGGGAAGCUCGUAGUGCCGUUCUGACUACCGUCGCGGCAGGAACCCCAGCCCUCGUCAUCUUCGUCGUCGUCGUCGUCGUCGUCAGCUUGUUCUCACGCCGAUGAUCGCCGCGGUCUCGCGGAAACGCGUCGGCACGAGACAAUCGAUCAGCGAUCUCACGUUGUCGGGAUCGGAUCGACAUUCUGAGCUUCUCUACACGCUAGACUUGGACGCAACGACCGUCGGUGAUCGAGCAGCGAGCAUGUAAGAGCACCUGGCGCUUUCACCCUCACGCAGAGAGGUGCAACGAGCAGACAGCGGAGGUCGUUACACCGAGAACCACCGAUCGACCGCAUCGAAGAGCAGCGAAGGGCGCCGAUACACCUCGCUGUAGGUGGUGUGUGCGAUCGGAUCAUUCAGCGGCUUGUCAGCGGAUCAGCCAGUGGCUCGCACAGUCGGCUCGUGGACGCGGUCGUGUUAACAAACCAGGAGGUCAACACGUCGUCCUCCACUUUGUUCUCGUGGCUGACAAACUCCGAUAGGAUCGACAGAACAUUAGCAUCGUGAUGAGGAGGCAGUCGUUUUGCUCGGGUCUGAGCAGCGGAAGUGGCGCCGGAGAACCGCUGAUCGUCGUCGAGGAGAGCACGUUGGGCGAGGAAGAAGCGGAGCGUCGUCGAACGGAAUCGCCACCGCGAUGCGUGGAUCCGGAUUCACCAUCUUUGAAUCCCUAUCUGCUCUCGCCAUGGAGGGACGCCAGGAAGCACUCCUUACCGACUCCGCAGUGUACAUCCGGGAUAACCGCAUCCCAGGUGCGACGACUGAGCGAACGCGGUGGAGAAGGAUCCGGCCCGUCGGUGAGGGAGGCCGCCUUCCUGGCAACGCUUUCGCAGGCGCCGGCUCCUCAGGCAGGCGGUCGACGACAUUCCGUCGUCACCAUCUCCAGGGUGCCAAACACCCUCUUCGGACGCAACCGUCGAGAAUCCAUCGCCGCGUUUCCCAUGGGAGGUGCCACCAGGAUAUUGCAGAGCCGACGAGAAUCGUCGACCGGGCUAACCGGUCCGCCCAGUAAUAGCGGAAGUACUCAUAAUCUGCAACUCGAUAUUAUGGACGACAUUGCUGAAAUCAAGGCUAGAAAAGUACGUUUAAAAAUGUACAAGACCCCAUCCCGUGAGCGCGUGUGCGAGGUCCAGCUUCUCGAGGGUAACAGCAACUCCACGCAGAAAUACACGCAGCAUCAGAAACGCCGAUUCUCCGAGUUCUCGGCGUCCAUCGCGUCCACGUCGACUUUGCGUAGACGUGCAUCCGAGAUGACGAGGCCGCUGUGCGAGGUCGAAGUACCGAGUAGCCCGGCGGCAGGUAUCAUAUGUUCCAACACCGACCUAAUAUCCAUCCUGAGCUCCUUGACGUCGUCCGCGACGGAGAUAAACACAUGCGGCACUUCGAACUCGAAGGACGAGCAGAAGUCGAGUUGGUCCACCAAGACGGCGGAGCAGAAGCGCAGUCGUCUGAAGAGCUCCCGCUCCAACAGCUUCGAUGUGUCCAUCCUGAGCGACGCCAACAGCAAAGCGGUGAACAACGACGGUAAAACCGCCACCCCCGCCUCUCUCAUAGCACCGAGCACUUGGUUCGUCAAGCGGCAUCAACCGAUCUCAAAGAAGAACCGGUACCUGGACGAGAAUUCGCGAUCCUUCAAACUCGACAAGUCGAAUUUGGUCAAGGUCGUCAGGGACACCUUGAGCAAGGGCUCGCCUCCAAAGGACUUGGACACCAGACACAAGGUUGUCUGGGACGACAGCAGUGGUACCAAGGUGGACGCUCAGGUGCUUGGCAAUGCCAUCGAGAAGAUUCUCACGGCCCACAAGGGAACUGACGCGGAAGCACCGGCCAGUUCAUCCGGAAAGCCAUCCAUGUCACCGAACAAGCCACGCUCCGGCAAGGUGACUAGCUGGUUCUCGAGCGGCAACAAGGAGCAGGAGCAGCCGCCGGACUGCGAAUCUUCGAUUUGCUCCUCCCUCAAGGAUCUCUUUGUCAAGUAGUGCACCAUCAUCACCGUCGUACCAUUCCUGACGAUCCCGUGACUCGGUUCGUUUCUUUCUACGAGGUGCGCGACGUUCCACGCAACGUCGACGAUGUACAAUCGACCGACAAUCCUCCGCAAGAAUGAUCUCUUUUCUUUUUUCCGUGUCUACUUCGAUUGCAUAUUACGAUGUGAGAUAUAACGAUCCUUCAUUCACAUUCUCUCGAUUUUGAAGGUCUCGAAGUCGAUAUUUCGUGUCUCGUGAAUGUACCUAUGUAUGCUCAGGACGACAUCUUCACCAAACUCUGAUCAGUCCAAUCGACGAUUUAAAAUCGCUAUCAGUCAAGUAUCACUUGCUCCGCUUUACUAAAAUAGAGGUUAUUAAUUUUUCGGUCACCAAUGAGAGAAUGAAGGAAUGAGUAAAUAAAUAAUAUUAUAAACCAAGUCCUACUUCUUGGAUGUAUUUUUUGAAGUAAAAUAUAUUAAUAAAAUAAUUUUUUUCGAUUACUACGGGACGAUAAAUUACACAGCUGGAAAUUGAAGUUUGCGAGUUAUUCUUCGAUUAGUUUGGUCAAAGUUUGGUGAAUCUUUAGACUUUUAACGACUAUAUCGCUGUUGUUACGCGUCGUUCCGCAGAUAUAUCGUAGAUAUGCGUAGAUAUAGCUACGUAACGACAUUUAACGACAAUUUCAUUGCCGUUACGAGAUUAUAAAAUAAGCAAAUUAUAGAAUAAGUAAAGACUGUAUUUCGUACGCGUUUGGCGAAUUUCAUUAUCGACAUCUAUCGAUCUGGUACUUGUUGCACAGUUAUCUUAUAAUAUAAUUAUAUCUGUGCAACGAUAUAUAUAUAUAUAUAUAUAUAUAUAUAUAUAUAUAUAUAUGUGCCAAACCGACAAUUGUCGAUAAAUAUAUACGAAAUACAGAUCUCCAAGGCUCUCUUUUCGUGCGAAAAGAAAUUGCGCGACGAGGUGGAUUAGUGGAGGAUAAUAUGUGAGUAAGUCCACAUUGGCGCAAAAGAUUUUCUUGCGAGAGAUAUUACAGUGUAAAAUAAGAUAUUCUGUGCUGUGUAAGUGCAUUUCUCGUAUUAACAAUGAUAACUUAUCGAUAGUCGUGAACGUUGAUCUAUCCUUUGCGGGUCAAAGGAGCACGUGUUAGAGAUAUGAUAACAUAUAUAUAUUAAUAUCCAUAUGAUAUAUUCUUGAAGGGAUGUAGUGGCGGCUGGUCCGGUGUCAUUGGCGUUUUGUCUGUCGUUUCUCUUAUCUCACCGCUUUUCCUGUUCCUUUCACUGUCCCAUUCCUCUAUCUCCUAAUCGCGACCGCACGAACCGCCACUGAUAUAGAGAUACCGAUAUACGUACAAAAAAAAAAAGAGUGGUACACCUUACAGUACAAUAACGACACAGCAAGGUAUUACUCGGACAGCAUAAAUUUCUAAGUCCUCUAAGUCGCAUAUUAAGAGGAUGCUGGAGCUGAAAACCUUGCCGAUAGAAUACUGACACUUUCCUGCGAAGUUUACUUCAUAUUGAUUGUACAGAAUUACAAAUGCUUUCACGCAAUAGACUACGUACAAAAAUAAAUAGGAGCAUUGUUCAAUAUGUUAGGAAAAUGAAAAAUAUUUUUUAUGUAAAAUCUCAAGCUGUCAGUUAAUAUUUGCCUAUAAUCCAAAAGUUCCACAGCUUGUAUAUACCGAGAGUGUGGAUGCUCCAAAUAGAAAAAUUUUAAAGAACAUUGCUGUAUCUUUUCGCAUCCAAAUUCAAGAACUUAAAAAUAUCUAAAAAGUUUGUAAAAAAUUUUCAAUUUCUAUUUUAAAUUUCUUCAUGCGUGAUUAGGUUUUUCAUUGAAUAUGAUAAAACAAAGUAAGAUCUAUAUGAAAAGAAUAGUUUGAUUGUGUUAGUAACGUCUUUCUCUUAUCGACAUUGUUCGAGGUUGUCAUCGACUUCAAUAUACCCCUUAAUAGUUGUCACAUGUGAUAUACUCAGAUUUAUAUUCAGAGUUAGAUCCAAGUUUUUUAGUUUAAUUAUAAUAUAUAUGUAUCUGUAAUUGUGCGAUUCAACUGACAAACUCUCAUUUAAUUCUGAAUUCAAAUCUGAGUAUCUCACUUGAAAAGAGUUCAGUGAUUAUUGAUACAAGCCUAAAAGACGACUGAAAGAGAUAGGACGCCUUUUAAACAUCUCGAAGACGUCUUUCAGAAGUUUACGCUGUUCAGAUACACUUGACCGUAUGUCGCUGCGCGUUGAAACGAUGGAUCAAGGAAAAUUGUCAAUUUAGUUUGCGCUCUCGUCACGUUUCUCUCAUCAUCAUUGCGUUUAAGCAGAAUUACCCGAAAGCGUGAGAUUCGCUUGUGUGUAUCUUAGACUUAGCGCAGAGGCUCUUUGUAUGUUAGCUUAGAUUACCCAAGUGUCCUGAUGUAAUACGGAAUUGUAUAUAAAUAAGAGAUAUCGAUAUGUUCUCUGUCAAUGUUUUCUGGCGAGAUCAAGACGCGAAUGUGGAAGGAUGAAAUAUAUGAAAUAUACGUUGAUCGUAAAUGUUGCAAACACUACGACUUCGUCUCGUGUAUCGAUGUCCCAGCCUUGACACACACGUUAUUAAAGUUUCCCGACGCGGCGAGUAAUGCGAAAGGGCAACGG